GUUAAAUUUGGUAUAUUAAUAUUAGUUAAUUGCUAUAUUGCUCAUUAAAGUAAAAAAAAAAAACUAGUUAAUUUUUACAUUUCUCAUAUUAGUUAGUCACUUAGUUGCUACAUUUCUCAUUAAAGUAUUAAUUAGAAGUAGUUCGAUUUUUAUACUCAUAUUUUAGUUCGAAUUUGUUAUAGUUUUUUUAGUCACAUUUUAUUAUUACUAUUGUACUCAUAUAAAAUAUUUGAUAUCAUUUAAUAUUUGUUCAAUUUUAAAGAUGGAGCGGGGUAGACAUUCUGUAAAUGUGGGUAAUCUCCAACGCAACCGCAAGAGGGAGAUUGCGUCGACUCGUCCUACUUCACGCAAAGGCAAAGGUAAAGCGCGGGCGGAGUCUUCUUUUCAAAGUCGAGAUGACUUUGAAACGGAUUACCAACGGAGAGAUGAUAUGAUGAUGUCCGACGAGCAUCUACAAAACCUAUUGUCCCAAAACGAUCCACGCUUUGCACAAGAACAACACAUCCCGACAACCAUUGAUGAAGAGGAGCUCGAGGAUGAUGAUGCGGAGGAGGACGCGGGGGGCGACGGGACUCACGGCACCCCGGAUGAUGAGCAUGACUUGGAGGACGAGGGCGGUUCAACCCAAACUGGUAAGAAAUCUGAUCUAAAUCUCCUAUUAUUGAAAACAAUUUUACAAAAAGGAAAGACAAAAAUACCGAAAAAUGGUACGCAAGUUGCAAUCAUUGCGGCAAAGAGUAUAGCUUGGGAACUUCUGGCGGAUACGGGAGUCUCACAAGGCAUCUUAAGUCCGUCCAUCUUGUGGAGUAUGUGAAAAUAGACAAGGGCAAGGGGAAGCAAACACAAAUAUCGAGGUUUGCAAAUUCUCAACCCUUUGGUAAUUUCUCCUAUGAUGAUCAAAAACAUUUGACUGGUAUGUCUCAUUUAAUUGUUGAAGAAAAUUUACCCUAUAUUUUUUCCGAAAGUCUUGCUUUAAGAGAUUAUGCUCAAGGUACUUUAAAUCCCCAAUUUAGAAAUUAUAGUCGCAAAACGAUUAAAAAAGAAGUUAUAAGGCAAUAUAACUUCGAAAAAGAAAAUUUACAAACAUUUUUCGCAAACUUUAAUGGACGUGUUAGUAUUUGUAGCGAUAUAUGGGAGGAUACUUAUCAUCAUUUAUAUUAUUUGGGUCUUACUGCACAUUAUAUUGAUGAUGAUUGGAAUAUGCAUAAACGUGUUCUUGCUUUUCGUGAAUUCAAUGAUCGUCAUACUGCUGAUAAUAUUUAUAUUCUCAUUGAGCAUAUUUUAAUUGAGUAUAAUUUGCUUGAUAAGGUGUUUGCUGUAGGUUUUGAUAAUGCUAGUAAUAAUACUGCUGCUAUACCUAGAUUGCGUGAAUUGUGUGGUGCUUCUGCAUUGAUGGGUAGGUUUUUUCAUCAACGUUGUGCAUGUCAUAUUCUAAAUUUGUGUGUACAAGAUGGAUUAGUGGCAUUAGGAAAUGCUUUGGAGGUAGUGAAGGGGGGAAUUAAAUUGAUUUGGGCUAACACUCCACUAAAAAUGCAAUGAGGGCAAUAUUUGAAGGAAAGACGUGUCAAUUAUUGUGCUUUUCCUAAAGAUUUGUCUAUUCGUUGGAAUAGUACUUAUAACUUAAUUCAAGUACUUAUUAGAUAUAAAGAACAUUUUCCUGCUUUUUUAAGACAAACUUGUAACUAUAUUAUAAACCCGGCUGACAUCGACACUUGUGAAAAAAUUGUUAAUGUUUUGAUAUAUUUUAAUAACGCAACUCAAACUUAGUCAUGUUUAUAUACCUACCGCAAACGAAUUUUUUGUUGAAGCUGUUAAUCUCACCGGCGCUUUUUUAGAAUUUUCUGAUGCCGCUUACGUUAGUUAUUUUUGUGAUUUCAUGAAACAAAAGUUUUUAAAAUAUUAUUCACAUGUUCCGCAUAUAUAUGGUAUUGCAUUUGUUCUUGAUCCUCGUUAUAAACUUGCCUCGUUGCCAAGUUGUAUAGAUUACUAUUAUAAUUGUUUUUUUCCAACUCAAGAGUUCGAUGAUAAUCCCAUCGACCCUAAACAAGAAUACAACGAGGUUAGUAAUUUAUUUCAUCAAUUGUAUAAUGAAUUUCAUGCACAGUAUGGUAAUGCACCCCCUCCCAUGCCGCGAACAUCUUCUUCAUCUAAAGAAAAAUCACUUUUAAAAUCUGCAUUUGGUUCUCUUAUGAAAAAAAGUAGAGCAACUCCCGCUACUGAACAAAGCUCAGUUAACGAGCUUUCUUUGUAUCUAACAUUGAAUGUUGAUUAUGAAGUUGGGGAUGACUUUGACGUUCUUAAGUGGUGGAAGGAAAAUGAAAGAACUUUCCCGGUUUUAUCAAAGAUGGCUAAGCAAGUGCUAGCAAUGCCGGUAUCAACAGUUGCCGUGGAACAAGAAUUUAGUUCGGCCGGCAACGUCCUAACCGAUUAUAGAAUGAGGUUGAGCCCGAGCUCUCUUGAGACGCUAGUUUGCUUCCACGAUUGGUUGAAGGCCAAACGAAGAACUCAAGAAAUGACCAUCGCUCCCACCCGCCACUUUAUGGAGGAAACAACCACCGAAGGCGGAGAUUCCGAUUGAUUUUUUAUUACAAAAUGUAUUACAUUUUUUAAAUGCAUCCUAAUUCUCAAUUGUACUUCUUAUUUGAAAUAAAUAUACUUGAAUUAUUUUAUAAUAUUGUGUACAUCAAUUCAAUAUUUUU